AUGGAUAUUGACGCCCAACACACGCCUGCGCAUUCGGCGCAACCUCAGAAGUUCCUGCGCUACAGAUCAGUCCGCAAAUCUGCACCUAAAGACGCGGAACCUCAGACUAGUCCUCCUCCUCCUCCUCCCUUACCGCAGGUUUCGCCGAGCGCUUUGACGCGACUGCCUCCGCGGUAUCAUCGAAGACUACCUGCGACUCAAAGCGCGCCACCGCCAAACGUGCCGCAACUGCCCCCGGACAAUGGUCACGCGACUGUCUCAAGAGUCCGAGGGAAGACCGUUGGCGGGGCGGCUGACACAGAUGAGCCGAUCAACCACAGAGGAGCCGGCGGACGCAGAAUGGUUAUCCAACAGAACAGUCCUAAUGCGGGCACGCGGCAGACGACGAGCAAGACCACCUCACGCAAGCCGCCAUCAGCCUCGACCGGGCGAGUGUCCGAGCCCGAAGAACUUCGGAGGUCGUAUGAAGCAGCCAGAGAAGAAGCGCGGCUUAUCCUCGAGGGUGAGCACGACCGUCUGAUCGCACUCAGACAGGUGGAGAGCAGACGUCGGCACCAAGAGCGGGAACGGCGCAGAAAAGAGGAGGAGAACGCACGAGAAGUGGCACGCACACAUCAGGCGGAGGAAGAAGCGCUACGCAAACCCGAGGAAUCAGCGAAGCGAGAAGCCAAGGUGGAGGUUGUUCGUGAACGAUUGAAAGUCAGCCAGCAUGCCCACGGUGUUGGACGUGAAGAGGACGCGGUUGCCUCCUCUGAUUCUGCCAUGGAGCCGCAACGUGACAGCAAGAGUUCGAAAAUGCGUACCAUGGUCAUUGGCGGACCAGCGCCCUCGAAACAGGACACCCGCGGACACCGUCGGCGCGCAUCGUCCGCUGUCGAGCAGCUGCAACAGCAGCCAAAGGCAAGUCACGCCAGAAGGAACAGUGCUAGCCGCAUCGACAAGGUGCCGGGGGGUGAAGCACCAAUCAUGAAGCCAAACUUUGAUGCUCCGGUAUCUGCGGUGAAUGCUGGCGAGAGACGGGUUGGCGUCAAAUGUAGGGAAGCGUUCAUUACUCUGCCCGUCACCCCUUCUACGACGGCCAAGGACAUUCUCAAUUCCGCAUCGCUAUGUAUGUCCGAGGCGAUUGACCCUAGCACAGCCGUCCUCCUGGAAUCGUUUUCGCAGCUAAGCCUGGAAAGACCGCUGCGCAGGUAUGAGCGGAUCCGAGAUGUGAUGAACUCGUGGGACAAUGACUCGCAGAAUCAUCUUUUCAUCAUGGCCGCAAGUGACUGUGCUGUCUCGGGGUUGCACACCGCAGACGCUCCCCGACAGCAACCGUACGGGACGACCGUGCAGAUAUACCAUUCACAAAGGCCUGGCAAAUGGGACAAGCGGUGGUUGAAGCUACGAGAGGAUGGACAGAUGACCAUGUCGAAGAACGAGAAUGGCAUUGACUCUACCAAUAUCUGCCACGUCUCCGAUUUCGACGUGUACACGCCUACCACCAAGCAGCUCAAAAAGCUGAAACCCCCCAAGAAGCUCUGCUAUGCGCUCAAAAGCCAGGAGAAGUCUGCCGUAUUCCUCGACGGCGCAAAUUUCGUGCACUUCUUCUGCACAAAGGACAAGGAGAUCGCUGACAAAUGGUAUCACGCCGUCCACGCCUGGCGGAGUUGGUACUUGGUGAACAUGCUGGGUGAGGGUCAACGACAACCCCCCGGACCAAAUCUCGGGCAGCAACUGGGCGGUCGACCGGGUACCAGUGACUCGAAGGAGUCUCUGCCUUAUGUACUCGGGUCUUUCAAGCCACUGCUUGACUCUGGCACGAGCUUUGAGAUACGUCGGAACGCUGAGCUCGGCUCCACUCGCCGGCCGUCACAUUCUCAGACUCAGAGACCGCUGAUCGACCUCGUCCCAGCAAGACCCAGCUUUGACGAGAUAGUGGCAGGAUCGAAGCUGCCCACAAAAUCGUCAGUCGCUCCUCCCACGGCAUUUCCAAAGAAGUUUAUGGUCGAGUCGGCGAUGAAUGGCAACGGGAUGGAUGAAGAAGGGCCUUUCACAGGGACGGGUCUCCUGGCGCGUAGUGCCAGCCGUCGGACGCAGGGCGGUUCCCGGCCAGGUCACGCCACCGCAGGCGCUGACGGCAAGCCUCUCGUUGAUCUGGCUUCGACCAGCGAGUUUACGGAUGGUAGUCUGCUGCGGAGGAUGGAGAGCCUAGCUGCUCGGCAAGGAGCAUUCGAGCCCAAGAUUGAUCGGCAGAAACGGAAAGAAGUUGACGUUGCGGUAGGAGAGGGGUUCUAA